UAUUUCUCGAUUUUGUUUGUUUUCUCGUGAGCUUCGGCCGCUGGUUUUGGUAAUUUUGUCUGAUUGCGAUGUCUGGACGUGGUAAGCAGGGAGGCAAAGCUCGUGCCAAAGCGAAAUCCCGCUCUUCUCGCGCUGGUCUCCAGUUCCCGGUGGGCCGAGUGCACCGCCUGCUCCGCAAAGGCAACUACGCAGAGCGGGUUGGGGCAGGCGCGCCAGUAUACCUGGCGGCGGUGUUGGAGUACCUGACCGCCGAGAUCCUGGAGCUGGCCGGCAACGCGGCCCGCGACAACAAGAAGACCCGUAUCAUCCCGCGCCACUUGCAGCUGGCCAUUCGCAACGACGAGGAGCUCAACAAACUGCUAGGCCGGGUGACAAUUGCUCAGGGCGGCGUCCUUCCUAACAUCCAGGCCGUGCUUCUGCCUAAGAAGACCGAGAGUCACCACAAGGCCAAGGGCAAGUGAUUUGACAGGCAUCUGAGCUCCCGGAAACGCUAUCAAACCCAAAGGCUCUUUUCAGAGCCCCCCUACCGUUUCAAAGGAAGAGCUAACCUCACUGCUUGUACAUAGAAGGAAAAAAGGUACUAAGGUAAGUUGGUAAGUUAAUUUUAUGCUAACCUGGAACAAGGUGUAUUCUUGCUUUUCGGUUUUUUUGGGGAGCGCCGUUACUAAAGGUUGGUCUGUUUGUAUGUAAUAGGUCAGUUAUGGAUCUAAUGUUCGCACGUACUAUCAUACUCUAACGAAAUAUUCUAGUUAACGUUUUGUAAGAUCGACCAUAGUUAGUGCCUAACAGUUUACACGCAGGGAUGCCUUGUGAUCUAAAAGCUUUGUUCUGAUUACUUUAAAAAUGUCAGUUGAAGGCAAAACUAACGUGUUGGCAACCUUGUUCGAUCCUCCACUAGUCCUCCGUCUAUUUCCUCAAUUUAGGCUGUACGCAACCUCACUUUCUUAAAUCUGAGACAGGUUCCAUUCCUGCUGAAGUGCAGAGUGUCUUUAAAAGUUAACCAGGGAGUGUGAAAGGUGUCUGUAAAAAACAGACUAAUGUCCCUAAUGUAGAACGAUGCCUGACAUGCAACUUACUCUUGUAUUUUAAGCGGCUCAAGCGUCUGGGUUGCCAUUACAGGCAGAAAAGGAAAUAGAGUGGGGCAUGUGGCCACUCAAAAACCUUUGCUUUCUGCUCACCCCUCUAAUCCUACCACUUUGGGAGGCCGAGGGGCCUGAUUACCUGAGGUCACGAGUUCGACACCAGCCUGGCCAACAUGGUGAAACCCCUCUCUACUAAAAAAAUAAAUAAAAAAAGUCAGGCGUGGUGGCACAUACCUUGUAAUCCCAGCUACUCUUGAGGCUGACGCAGGAGAGUCGCUUGAGCCUGGGAGGCGGAGGUUGUAGUAAGCCGAGAUCGUGCCACUGCCCUCCAGCCUGGGCAACAGUGAGACACCGUCCCCUCAAAAAACCUUUGCUUCUUGGGAUCUGGUAACAGCUGCCCCACCCACAAGAAAUGGAGAUCUGGGACCAUGGACAAAUUUCUAGAGACCUAUUUUCCUGGAUUCUGUGAAUCUCGCCGAGGUUUUCUUCCGGAUCUCGGUUUCUGCAGUUUGUUUGCUUGCUUUUUUGAAACGGAGUUUUGCUCUUGUUGCCCAAGCUGGAAUGCAGUGGCGCGAUCUCGGCUCACUGCAUGCAAACUCCGCCUCCCGGGUUCAGACGACUCUCCUGCCUCAGCCUCAGCCUCCCUAGUAGAUGGGAUUACAGGCGCCCGCCACCAGUAGAAACGGAGUUGCACCAGGUUAGCCGGGCUGGUCUCGAAUUCCUGACCUCAGGUGAUCCGCCGGCCUCUGCCUACCAAAGUGCUGGGAUUACAGGCGUGAGCCACCGCGCCCGGCCGGUUUCUGCUUUGAUCGGAAUUAAGUGGACAGGAAAGUCUAGGUGGGCUAAGUCUUGCCUACGCAUCAGCUCCCAGCUGCUCAGACUGGCCAAACAGACCCAGUCGUUUAGUCUAACGCUUCUGGAACUCCACUGAAGCGUUUUGCAUUGUUUCGUUUGGAGCCUUCAAAUCCGAAUGUGUGGCAGGAGAUAAUAAUCCUAGCAGAAGCUGUUUACCGCUGACGCGCCUCCCACUUCCCAGAUACUGAUACCGGGUCGGGGCGGAUCCAGCCUUUUCCGCUCUUCCCUCCCUUCACCCCCUCCUUUCCCUACAACUACCCUCAAAGGAAAAGGGUUGGAUGUCCCAUUUGGGUGAAAACAAAGUGGCAUAAAAGCAAAUGAUCACCUUUGAUAGCCACGUAUUAGAAUUUUCCGAGGGUAUUUUUAAAUUACAACGAUUCUAAUGGGCAGCUGGGCUGAGAAUCAUCAGAUUUGAAGGUCUGGUUUCCACAUGGCUCUUGGGCUGAGAAGACCGGAUUUUCCCCGUCAGCAUUUCCUGUAUGUCCGAGAACUUGGAACCUAAGUAGAAAAUGUCUUCUGAGGCUGGUCUGGUGUCUCACAUCUGUAAUCCCAGCACUUGGGGAGACUGAGGUUGCAAAAGCUUCUCAUUUCAGAGAGAUGCCAGGAUCCUGAGUGCCUGCCAAACUUACCAAUUCUAAGAAUUAAGUGGAUGGAUGGCAUCAAUGUUCCUACAUUACUGAUUGAUUCUGCAUCCGCAAAUUUUUUUGUUAAAAACAUACUACAUCGUGUGGGGAGAUAAGGAGGGUAAAAUGAAGAGAAAGAAUAUUGAGGGGAAGUUCUUCAGAAUACAAAAUGUGUUUAAUUUUUUAAAUAAGUAUAACAUUUACAGGGUUCAAACGAUGUGAAGUAAAGAGGUAUAUAUAAAGAAUCCACCCCUCAACUUACCCAGGUGAUCACUUUUCUUUUUCUUGUGUAUCUGCCCAGUAUUCAUUCCUGCUGAUAUCAGUCAAUAAUGAAUGAUACGUGUUAUCUUCACUUUUUUCAUCCUUGGUCAAGUAGCAGACUGUAUACACUUUUCUGCACUUGCCGUUUUUAUAACAAUCUAUCUUGGAGAACUUUCCCUAUGAGAACAUACAGAGCUUCCUGUACACAGUUGCAUGUACUACAUUAUGCAAAUGCAUUAUAUUUUAUGUAACCUGUCCACUGUUGGUAGCCACUUGAGUUGUUUUAGCCUUUUGCUAUCAAACAGUUCUGGGAUGAUUUACCUUGAUUUACUGCAAAAUUGAAAUUGCUCUGCUAUUCUGCUGGAAUGGUGGUAAGUGAACUGAAAAUUCCAGUCACUCUUGGGCUAGACUCAAGGUUCUUAAAAACUAUGUGGCCAUCACCAAAUUAGUUAUUUUGAACCUUAACUUCUUCACCUCUAAAAUGGAGGUAAUACUUACCUUAGGUGGCUAUGAGAAUGAAGAUCAUGUGUAUGAAUUGUUUGGUGCUCUAAAGAACAGCACAAAUAAAAUUGGGCCGGGCGCGGUGGCUCAAGCCUGUAAUCCCAGCACUUUGGGAGGCCGAGGCGGGUGGAUCACGAGGUCAGGAGAUCGAGACCAUCCUGGCUAACACAGUGAAACUCCGUCUCUACUAAAAAAUACAAAAAAUUAGCCGGGCGUGUUGGCGGGCGCCUGUGGUCCCAGCUACUCGGGAGGCUGAGGCAGGAGAAUGGCGUGAACCCAGGAGGUGGAGGUUGUGGUGAGCCGAGAUCGCGCCACUGCACUCCAGCCUGGGGGACAGAGAAAGACUCCGUCUCAAAAAAAAAAAACAAAUAAAAUUAUUUUAUUUUCAAAUUUAA